AUGCUCUAUUCACCGGAAUUCUCACUUGAUAAAUACGAAGUCUCUCUUCGAAACGGGUUCCUCCCGGAUGCUCUUCCGUUGCAGCGUUUACCAAACCCGUACUACGCCCCAUGGGAGAACGUCGCUCAGGACUUGGUUGCCCGUAUACGUGAAGGUACAAUAAGAGAUGAUGUCGAGAGACUUCCCGUUCUCUCCACCUCGGAGUUACAGACGAAGCCAGAAUGGCAGAGGGUAUAUGUGGUAUUGGCGUAUCUCACACAUGCCUACGUCUGGGGAGGAGAAACCCCCAAGGAUAUACUACCACCGGCCAUUUCCGUGCCAUUUCUGGAGGUAGCUGAGCACCUCGAAUUACCUCCAUGCGCUACAUACGCGGCCCUCAACCUCUGGAAUUACUCAACGAUAUCACCUAACGCCGACCUCACGUGUGUUGACAACCUCUCUGUGACAUUAUCACUCACUGGAACCAAGGAUGAAGAAUGGUUCUUCAUGAUAUCCGUCGCCAUGGAAGCAAGAGGCGCCCAGGUCGUCCAGUUAAUGCUCGAUACCAUCCAAGCGGUUACAGUCGGUGAUCAUCAGCGAGUAGCCACAUACCUCAAUCAAAUCAGUGAAGGAUUUCACGAGCUAUCCCGAAUACUAGAGCGAAUGUACGAGAAAUGUCGCCCUGCCGUAUUCUUCCACCAACUCCGCCCCUACCUCGCUGGGAGCAAGAACAUGGCUUCGGCCGGCCUACCAAGUGGUCUGUUCUAUGAUGUCGGGGAUGGUAAGGGCGAAUGGCGUCAAUAUAGCGGCGGUAGCAAUGCCCAAAGCUCGCUUAUCCAAGCAUUCGAUGUAUUCCUGGGUGUCGAGCACUCGGCUAUGGGAAGUCCUACGAAAGCUGAGCUUCCCAAAGCUCAACCGCCGGGGAAGACUCCAUACAUACAGGAAAUGCGAAACUACAUGCCCGGCCCUCACCGGCGAUUCCUAGAGAUGCUCACCCGAAGCUCGAAUGUCCGGGAAUUCGCGAUGGCCUGCAAGCUCGGUUCAUCUGUAAGAGAUGCAUACAACUCAGCCGUGAUGUCUUUGGGCUCCUUCCGCGACAAGCACAUCCAGAUUGUCGCAAGGUACAUCAUUAUGGCGGCGAAACUCCCUCCUCCAGAGUCAGCGCCUGCACGGUUGAACCUGGCGACAUCGACAUAUACCCAGAUGAAAAACUCGAAUGAGAAGGUUUCGGCAGGGCUUAGUGGGACUGGAGGAACUGAUUUGAUACCCUUCUUGAAGCAAACUCGUGAUGCGACUAAGGCUGCCGCGAACUAUGCCGGGUGA